AUGGUGGGCGCCGAGGGCAGCGAGGCCGACGAUUCCGGCGGCCGCGAGCCGGUGUCCGCCGCCGCGCGCGCGACCCCGGGCGGAGGCAUCGGCGGCGAGGCGGCAGCGUCGCCGCCACUGAUCGACCCGUUAGCCCUCUCGUUGCCUCCCGGGUUCCACCAGCGCCUGUUCCGCAUCCAAUGCUGCAACGGCCUCCUCCUCCUGUGCGCCUGGGCUCUGUCGUCGCGUGGCGCGUUCAAGUUCAACUACACCGUGUGCAACCCCGCCACAGACGAGUGGACCACCGUGCCGGACUCCCCGGUCUCGGACACGGCGGCGGCGGGGUGCACGACCGCGCGCCUCGCGUUCGACCCUUCGUCCCCGAGCUCCUCCGCCUACCGCAUCUUCCAGUUCCAGAACGACGGGCCGCGGACGAGGGUGUCCCCCAAGGUGUGGAUCUACUCGUCGGAGACGGGGGUCUGGACAUGCAGGGAGUGCGGGUGGGCGGACGGCGCCGGGGUCGUCCUGCGCGACGAGACCAGCGGCGUCUUCUUCAGAGCUAAGCUGCACCUGUGCCCCAGCGAGCCGGUGAUCGUGUCGGUGGACCGUGACGGCGAGAAGUGGUGGACCACCCCGAAGCCGGCGGACCCAGGCGACGACGGCUUCCUCGGCGCGCCGCCCGGGUUCAUCGGCGUGUCCCAGGGGCGCCUCCUGUUCCUCAACACCCCGGAGUAUAACCACACGAAGAUGCGCGUCUGGGUGCGUGGCAGUGGCCUGUGGGUCCCCAAGCGCAGCAUCGACCUCGAGAAGGUGAUUGGAGGCUGGGACUACCGGUUCGGGCUCAAGUGCAGCGUCGUUGGGAUCCAUCCCGACCGCAGCAUGGUCUACUUCCUCGAGGGGAAGGAUAACAGGCUGGUGUCGUACGCCAUGGAUGACGGCGACGGCGAGACCAUCUGCGAGCUUGGGUACAAAAAUUGUUAUUUGCCGUUCCUGCCGUAUGUCCCCGUGUUCGCACGGUCGCUCACAGGCCGGGCGGCCGCGUGA